CAUAGCAAACGCUGAAGGAGAAGCUGAGAACUUCCGCAAUCUGUGGAAUUCGCGGCGCAGCUUCGUGUCUCUGCUUCCCACGACUGAAAAGUCUCGGUUUUGGAUUACAGCUCAUCAUGUCUCAGGCUGAUAAAACGAAGGGGCAGUUCACCAACCCGGAGACUCCCGGCUACGUGGGAUUCGCCAACCUGCCCAAUCAGGUUCAUCGUAAAUCAGUGAAGAAGGGCUUUGAGUUCACACUGAUGGUGGUGGGUGAGUCUGGUUUGGGGAAGUCGACUCUGAUUAACAGUCUGUUCCUCACUGAUCUGUACCCAGAGAGGAUCAUCCCCGGGGCCGCAGAGAAGAUCGAGCGCACCGUGCAGAUCGAAGCCUCCACCGUGGAGAUCGAGGAGCGCGGAGUGAAACUGCGACUCACCGUGGUGGACACGCCCGGAUACGGAGACGCCAUCAACAGCCAAGACUGCUUCAAUACCAUCAUUGCCUACAUCGACGAUCAGUUCGAGCGUUACCUUCACGACGAGAGCGGCCUGAACCGCAGACAUAUCGUGGAUAAUCGCGUCCACUGCUGCUUCUACUUCAUCUCUCCGCUCGGACACGGCCUGAAGCCGCUGGACGUUCAGUUCAUGAAGGCCAUCCACAACAAGGUGAACGUCGUCCCCGUCAUCGCCAAAGCCGACACGCUCACUCUGAAGGAGCGAGAGAGGCUCAAGCGCAGGAUUUUAGACGAGAUCGACGAGCAUGGCAUUAAGAUCUACCACCUGCCCGAUGCCGAGUCGGACGAAGACGAGGAGUUUAAGGAGCAGACGAGGAUUCUGAAGACCAGUAUCCCGUUUGCAGUGGUGGGCUCUAACCAGCAGAUUGAAGCUAAAGGGAAGAAGGUGCGAGGGCGCCUGUACCCGUGGGGUGUGGUGGAGGUGGAGAACCCCGAACACAACGACUUCCUCAAACUGCGCACCAUGCUCAUAACCCACAUGCAGGACCUACAGGAAGUGACUCAGGACCUGCACUACGAGAACUUCCGCUCAGAGCGCCUGAAGCGAGGCGGCAGGUUGUCCUCCCACGGUUACAUUCUGCCUCUGUCGCCUGCUGGCAGGAAGGUGCCGGAGCCAGAGGAAAUGGACAAGGACAUGAUCCUUCAGGAGAAGGAGGCUGAGUUGAGGAGGAUGCAGGAGAUGAUUGCGAAGAUGCAGGCACAGAUGCAGAAGCAGGGUGACGGAGAAGCAGAAGGGCAGCACGUCUAAACCACUCGAGGUGCAGAGCUGUGGAGUGAGAGCCGAUCCGAGACACAGAGAAAGAGAGAGAAGUAGAAGAGAAGAAUAAAAGAGAGACGUGUCUGGUGUCUCGUCACGUCUCGCUGUAUUUUACACUUUCUUAGUUUUUUCUACUCUUCCUUGGGAUAAAAGUUAGUUAUUAUUAUUAUUAUUAUUAUUAUUAUUAUUAUUAUUAUUAUUAUUAUUUUUGUAAGCAGUAUUAUUAUUAUUAUUAUUAUUAUUAUUACUUUUCUGUCUAUCCACAGUGACAUGUACCGAUAUUAGUUACUUGACAAUUGCCUAAACUUCUUAUCACGGUUUACGAUAUUAUCACGAUGUUUUACAUGUCAUCGUAGUUCCUGCUCUUGGUUUCUGUGGGAUUUACGGAAAAAGACGUCCUCGAUUUCACUUUUACAUGUUUAAAGUGUCCACAAUAACAAUUUAGUUUUGAAUAUCGUGAUAUAUAUCGCAUAACUGAUUAUCGGCACAUGAUCACACAACAAGCUGUUUCUGUUAUUUCCUCGCACCAAAAUACUGACCUGUGUUACCUGUGUUCACGAUUUGAAGAGUUGUAAGGGUUUUAAGGGUGUGUUUGGUAAAAGAAGGACAUUCGCCGCUUUAGAGGAAUGAUUCGAGUUCAAACUGCUAUUAAAUUAAACUAGCUAAUGGUGAAAUUAUUUACAUUAUUCAUAGUAAUGUUAAUUCCACAGCACUCAACGUUGUUGGCCAUUUUGAAUUUUUUCAGAAAUGUCUUUAACGAUACAGAAAUUUCUCUUAAAAAUGUCUAAAAAAGUAGUACCUCUUAGGCCAUGCCCUUAAGAGACGGUAGUACCUGUACCAGCUCGUGCAACCUGCUCACUCUAGCUAGUAUCAGCUAAGUAACUAGCCUAGCUCAUGCUGUAGAUUACAUUUAUUAUUCUUAGUAAUGCCAAACAGUUAUUUUAGCUACAUUAACCCUGGAAAUUGGAGACUCUGCAAGUCGUAAAACUCAUCUUUGACUCAUUUUGUCCUCCAUGUUUGAUUUUCACAUCCCCCGAAAAAAACACUUGACCUGAUGUAUCUCAGCCCUUUUCUGAAAAGAUCAACUUGGCAAACUUUUGGAAGCUGUAGGAAAAAACUGCUGAUGGCCGUGCACAGCCUUACAGCCACCUUCAGAAUAUCUAGUGUCUGAUGCAGAGUUCCUUACUGCCGCUGUAACGUUAACGUACCUGAGCAGGUGUUCGAGAGCAGCGUAAACACGUGGGAGUAGACCAGGCUGUGUGUUCACGAGCUCUGUGUGAUGGUCAUAACGUACGUGUGAACGCUGUCGCCUGAAAAUGAUUAACGUAACGACUAGGCAUGUGCCAAAAUUAAAGGAAUAAUUCAUGUGCCCCAUUUUCCACUUUACGCGAAAUUGUAGUCUCGCAGCCAAGACGACUACACUUGGGUUUACAGGGAAAAUGCAGAUUAGUAGUUUUGUUGUUGUUUUUUUCCCCGACCUAUCACUUUAAAAUUUCCUAAGUAACUGUAGUUCAUUAUAUUUUUUCAUUUUAAAAAAAGUAGACUGAAAUGUGUAGAGCUGUUUAGCUUAGCUUAGCUAGUUCCUUAUACUAGCUCCUGAGCUUCAUCAGUGGUUUAUAGAGAAUUUUCUGAUAUAAAGACUGACUAUUGGCACGUGCCUGGUGGUGAUGUGAAGUUUUAAUCCUGUUUUAUUUGUUAAUGCAUGCUAAUUGAGUCCUUUGCAGUGUGUGUGUGUGUGUGUGUGUGUGUGUGUGCGCACUAUUCUGUAAUGUUUAAACCAUGCCGCUGUAUGACUUGUGAAAGUGUCUUCAUCUGGUGGUCCAGUUUCUUCCUUAGGAUCAGCUGUUACCAUUUUAGAGUUUUAUUCCAGAACUUUCUAAUAAACUUGCUCACCGUUAUCUUGAAAUAAAGUUUUUUUUUUUAUAUUGAAAGAUUAA